GAAUAGGUCAAAUUGUCAAAAAAAGAACGCACUUGAAUUUUGUUUACAUUUUUUACAAAUUAAAAUUUUAAUUUACCGAUUUGAGUUUUGUUGCUUCUGUUUAAAGCAUUUAAUGAUGAAGAUGUUUGAUUAAAUUGGAACAAAAGUACAGAUUUGAAUACGUAAUACAUUUUACAAAAAAAAAAUAUGGACAACGACAGUGAUGCACCGUCAGAGACAGGUCACUCUGCGCCAAUGCCAAAGCAUAUACCAUUUCCUGAAAUCCCCUGUAGUUCGGAGCUUCUAAAUGAGUUGAUAAUGUUUCUGUUUAUACUCUUUGGAGCGGGAAUGCAAUUUUUGCAUAUCUAUCGAACAGUUUGGUGGAUUCCUGAAUCACACACCAAUCAUACAAUUAACUACUACUUGAUUGAGCCGUAUUUGGUGAUUUUUACAAUAAUAAUACUUUCACGACGACUUCUGUACUGCCUGAUGAACAAGUGCUUGGAUACCUUCUACAAUGACAGGCAAUUGAGAUCCUACAAGUUGGUGGCUAAAUAUGUUUUCAGUGCGGUGCUUCUAUUGAUUUUGGCCCUGUGCAUAGUUAAGGUGUACACAAGGCAGAACUAUCUCUCACUUUUCCUGCUCAUGUAUCCGUUGGUAGUGUAUUCUCUUAUCUUUGGAUUUCAAGUUGAGCCCUUCUUUCGAACAUCGUGCGAAGUCGAAGGUUCUUAUCUUAACGGUCUACCAAUGCACUGUUGCUCAUCAAGUCCAGUAACAAUUCGCGAUGAAGUUGAAAGCCUGAAGAACGAUUUUAAUAAUCGUUUCAAGCAAGUGAUCUUCACUUCUGUUGUCAAUGCCUAUUAUGGCGGUUUUGUUCCAUGUUUCUACGCUCAAAACUUCAUUCACUAUAAUGUGUUAUGGGCUUCCCAGCAUAUUAUAUUUAUCUGGCUUGGUGGAUUCACCAUGUGCACGGUGUUUUGCUUUCCGGCGAAAUACAGUGACAUCCUCCAUCGAUCAGCCUUACAUUUGGGUCUUUGGUGUCGCCUCGAUGGGCGAUCCGGUGCUAAUCCUCAACCAUCAAUCUGGUCUAAAACAUCUGCGUGGAGUAAUGCUAGUAUUGUACGGUAUACAGGAGAAUUAUACAAGUCUCUGGGGCCAGUGACGACAGCCUUGCCUGGAAAUACAUCGCACUAUCGUUUUUUUAAACUAUUCAAUAAUCCAUCGGCAAUUUAUAUGGCUCUUUCGUGCAUGCAGGUUUUUCUUGUGCUCUUCCAGAUUCUCAUAUUGUGGUUCGCCAUUGAGUGGCAUCAUGUAUUGUCUCUGAGCUUUCUGGCACUCACCAAUCAUUUUACAUUGUUUAAGAUCCUUCGCGACUAUCUUAUUACAAAGAAAGUAUACGCUGCUGAAUCUUCGAUCUCUGAAAAAAUGAAUGCGCAUUACAAUUAAAUGAAAAGUUUAUUUUUAUAUGUAUUUUUUGUGAUACAUCUUAAUCUAGAAGUUAUUAAAUCAUAUAUUCACGUGCA